AUUCUCCCACGAGUACUGACAAAUUGCCCAGGCAGUAGUCAAUGCGCAUGAGCGGAGAACCAAGCGAGUGCUUGCAGUGGUGCUCUCGCUACAUAGUCAAACACAUGAUGCCGAAGAUCGAAAGUUUCUGCUGGUGUUGCGGGACCACUCUGAUAAAGCGUCAUGGACAGAUGUCAAUCAAGACCAAGAUUGUCGACACACGGGGUGUUCUCCAGAACUUGCUGAUAUGUUUUCUGUCAUUUUAUUCUGUGUACUACAUCAUUGUGAGUUUGUGUAUAGGAGUACUCAGAGUAAAUGAUGUUGAUACACUUCUGGCACCCUUCGACUACACAACACAACCAUCAUGGCAAAAUCCGAAAUAUUUAGUGAGUGUGAUUUCCACGGAACUGACGUUCAUUGUGGCCGGCCUCAUGUUCGCAUGGAUUGUGGAGGAGUGGGUGUGGGACUACGCCAUCACCAUCACAUUGAUACACGUCGGCUUAACAAUGUGGGUAAUGUCAGAUUUCCCAUCAUCAGAACAUUGGUGGAUCACUUUAGGUUGUGGACUGCUGAUGAUGAUCUUCGGGGGACAACUUCUGGCCUAUAAGCUGUUCAGGAAUAAUUUUGUGUAUCCAGCUGAACUCCAAAACUUCUAACAAUACAUUAAUACAUUUGUGUCAAACAGAGGUUUAUUACAUAAGUUAUGUACAUACAAUGUUGUUCUUUUCUACACUGUUUUUUACACUACACACAAAAGUAUAUACCAACUGAUUUUGAUACGAAUUAAUUUCCAGAAUAUUAGUGCAUUUUAUUUUGAAUAUAUAGAUUUGUUUGAAAAAAUAAUAAAUGCUUCAAAAUAAUUUAUUUACUUGUUUUACUUUUUAAAAAGUAAACAUAUUUGUUUCUUUCAGUUUCACAUGUUUCUGAAGAACAGUAAGAUUUCUAUAGAGGGAAAACAGAAAGUUGUGCUAUAACAGGACAAUAUAAGCAGUGAAAAACAUUAUGCCUUUUUUUAAUAUUCUAUAACACAAAAGUUUUGUUCUGUGAAAAUGAUGACACUCUACAGACGGUUUGUACAAGCCCUUUCUUUAUGGAAAUUAUUUCAUCUUUUUAAACAAUGUCUUAAUUAUUUGUUGUGAUUAAUUUGAAUAAAUAUAUGCAGUCAUUGUUCUUAUGGUCAAGUAAAACUCUUGCCUGAACUCAAAAAGAUAAUUCAUUCCUCAUAAAAAAAUGAUUGUCUUCUAUCUCUUAUAGUAAAGGCUCUGAAAGCUAAUGUGAAUGACACAUGGCAUUCUGAACAUCUGUUGUUGUUCAUCUGUUGUCUGUUAAAUCCUCUCAGAUUAAGAAUGGUUAGAAUUUAAAAUGGUGGACA